CAACAAAACGCUAAUACCUGAAGAAUACUUCACAACACACUUAGUGGCCACACUGGAUCACGUUCGAUAUGUCACUGUUAUCAGACAGACGAUGUUUCAUAUUUGCCUGUGUUAUUUUACUGACUCUGAUAUAUUCUGUAGACCUAAAUCAUGCAUUUCGACACGAUCGUAGCAAAUCGAAGAUUUUACAUCGCCAGUUACGGCAAGAGCACGUUGAAGAAACAACCGAAGAAGCAGGAUUAGCGAAUGACUCGAGCCAUGAGGAGAAUGAUGAAGGAGAACAUGAACAAACGAAAGUGCAUAUCAUUUCUUUCGAAUGGGAACGAGUAAAAGUUUUAUAUGUAGUUUGCUUGUGGAUUAUGGUCGCCAGUCUAGCAAAAAUGGGCUUUCAUUACACUAAGCUACCAAAUGUUAUCCCAGAGAGCUGCCUCCUAAUCCUCGUUGGAUUUUUCAUUGGUGGCAUACUCCAUCUGAGUGACAGUGGCUUCGCUGAGCUUUCCAGACUAGAUAGCGACUUUUUCUUCCUCGUGCUUCUUCCACCGAUCAUGCUGGAGGCAGGCUAUUUCAUGCCGGCACGAUCCUUCUUCGACAACCUCGGCACCAUUCUUCUUUACGCCGUCGUUGGAACACUCUUUAAUGCUAUGAUGGUCGGAUUUACUAUGUACGGUAUCGCCUCAUCUGGCAUUGUCAGCGAAAAGAUCAUCCUGCUGGAAUGUUUGGUGUUUGGGAGUCUAAUAUCUGCUGUUGAUCCGGUGGCAGUAUUGGUAGUUUUUGAGGAGGUGCACGUUAACGAGGUCUUACAUAUUUUGGUGUUCGGUGAAUCACUUCUUAAUGACGCAGUGACUGUGGUACUUUAUCACACAUUUGUUGACUUUGUUGAGAUAUACAGAGAAGUGGGUACAAUACCGGGCUCAGAUAUAGCAAGUGGUUUUGCUAGUUUCUUCGUUGUCAGUAUCGGUGGCACAUUGAUUGGUCUAAUCUGGGGCAUCAUGUCCGCCUUCAUCACUCGUUUCACACACAAAGUCCGUGUCAUCGAACCAGCUAUCGUAUUUAUUAUGAGCUACAUGGCCUACCUUACUGCUGAAAUCUUCCAUUUGUCCGGCAUCCUAGCUAUUGUGUUCUGUGCCAUGUUCAUGAAGCCGUAUGUAGAAGAGAACAUCUCGCAGAAAUCGCACACAACCAUUAAGUACUUCAUGAAGAUGUUAAGUAGCAUCAGUGAAACUAUCAUAUUCAUCUUCUUAGGCAUAACAACCCUGGUGGACUCUGAUCAACAUAAGUGGGACACAGCUUUUGUCAUUUUCACCCUCAUUUUCUGUUUGCUAUACCGAUUUAUUGGUGUCAUAUGGCAGACGUUUUUAGCAAACAAAUUCCGAUUGGCCCAAGUGACUCACAAGGACCAGUUUAUUAUGUGCUAUGGGGGUAUCCGAGGUGCUAUAGCCUUUGCACUUGUUGCUCUACUCGAGGAAUUUGUUGAAAGUAGAGCGAUUUUCUUUACAACGACUAUAGUGGUUGUCAUGUUCACAGUGUUUAUACAGGGUAGUACGAUCAAACCAAUUGUUGAAUAUUUGAGGGUAAAACGAGCCGAUCAUCACAAGCCGUCAUUAACUGAGCAGAUUUAUGUGCGGAUGAAUGAGCAUCUCAUGGCAGGAAUAGAGGAUGUUCUUGGUCACCAUGGACACCACUACUGGUAUAAAAGAUGGGAUGUUCUGAACGAAAAGGUUUUCCAGCACAUUCUUAUCAGAGAGAAGCACGCUGCUAAGGACACCACCAUCAUCAAAGUCUUUGAGAAGUUGAACGAGAAGGAUGCGCUGGAAUACUUGAGAGAGCAGGGAGGCUUCGUGCCAUUCGGCAGCAGUCCAUCUAUGAGUAACCUUCUUGGGGUGGACGAGGAUGCAAUGGUUGCCAUGGAAGAACCAGCAAAGAAAGACAGAAAAUCUGUAAUUGAUUUAGAGAAUCAACCAGAGACAGCUCUUGAGGAUAACAACCUGGACAAAAUCUUCCGACGGCCUAGCAAUAGGAAGAGUCACCGUAUAUCUCGCCAUUACUUACCUGAUGAAGAAAUCUCAGGGCCUAAGAAUCUUAUGCAGCGAAGUGUGCAUCUUCAUCUACGGCACAUGAUGCGCAGUGAAAGAAGGCGGUCACAGAGGAAAGAAGGACUGUACGAAUCACCACGAAAUAGUCGACUACAGGUCAGGGGAGCUCAUAUGAGAAAUGGCAGCAAGGAACAAUUACUAAGAGAAGAAGAUGAGACGGUUGCUGAGAGGGAAACCAAGGCGGUUGUCAGAAAUGGAGCAUCAAAUGAUAAAGACACAACCUUCCCCUGGAAGAAAGAUAGCAAAGUAGAGCAUCAUCCAGCCCCGUCUGAUGGCGAAAAUUCUGCGACAUAUGAUGUACCAAAGUCACCGAGAAUAUCACCAAAGCCUCCCAAAGCCAACCCAAGCCCUAGGCCUAGCCCAAAACCCACACCAGGAUCAAGGACUAAGCCACCACAAACUGGUGAAACGAAGCUGUGAGCAGAGACAGAAUAGUUUUAGGUCUAUUGAAUCAAUUAUAAUAACUUUCUAAAAAUUAAUACUAUGCGUCACUCCAGUUUGGAGUAUUUGCAUUUUUAUUCUAUUUACACAAUACUGUAAUCUCACAAUAGAAUCCGUAUUAAACUGAAGCAGUGGUAAUAUUCUUGAGGUUAUCUAGCCUCGGUGACAACGGGUCUAGGGUCAGGCCGGGUGGCAAACACCCAGGACCCUUUGCAAACAGAAGACGUGAUUUAACCAUUGGCCAUGCGACAGAACCAUAAUGGCAUUAUAAAAUGAUUUAUAUUUCUGCUUUAAAUAUAAAUUGACCAAUGGAAGGCAAUUAAAAAAAAA